AUGAGAAGAGGAACCACUAGGAUGCUUCCCAACAAUAUCCAAACGCUCCUUCCCUUAUUACUGCUGCAUCUCUUCUUGUGCAGCCAUACCAUACAAGCUCAGCCUUCGUAUUCCAAUGUCACCCUCAAGGCCAACGGUGGAGAUUUAGAAGUGGUAGUCUAUCUUCCCAAAGGCAUAAAACCAAAAGAACCGACCUACUACCUUUCCACUCGCUUUGAUCAUGGCUCCAUGAUCGGAAGCAUCAAGCGUACUACCACCAACAAGGACGGAACAAAAAAGACCCACGUACUCUAUGAUAUUAACCAAUGGCGAGUCCCUCACGAUCCGUAUUGGGCUGAAAGUGGGGUCGGUUUGGCCAGUGAAUUUGGUGUGGGCGACGAUGGUGGCUUUUGCACCUUCCUCUGUGGAUGGGAUCAAGUCAAUGAAGUGACCAACGGCGUUUUAGGGUAUCAGGAAGCCAAGCACGGCGAGUCUUUCCUAAAGAUUGGUGUGGGUGAACUCAUCAAGGGCUCUUGCAAUAUCUGCGACAGUACCGAUGAUUAUCGAUUCAACUCUCCCUAUGUAUACGCCAAGACGCCCAUUUGGACGCUGCAAGAAAACAAAGAGGGAAAUGCAAUCACAUUGACACAAGAAGCUUCACUGAAUCAACACGGAUACCGUCUUCAGAAAGACAUCUCUGUUGUAGACGAUCAACUCUUUGUCAAGUCCACCCUCACAAAUCUAGGGAGAGAUCCCUUUGCGACUGCUUGGUACUCGCAUCACUUUUUCACCUGCGACGGUAGUCCGGUGGGCAAGGGAUAUGGAGUAGAUUUGGAUGUUGCCGGUACUUCUGGGCAAUAUGAAGAACCUGCUGCAUGGUUCUGGUCGACUCCCCUGCAACAAUACGCUUCGGUAACACCCCAAAAGGACAAGGUAACCGUCGAAAUGCAACGAGGGGUCGAACGAGAUGUACGCAUCAAGGCUGAGUUUGUCAAGGACGACACGAGUCGCGGCACUUUUACAGUACGAGGCUGUGGGAAUUCCAUUAAAGAGAGCAUUCCCGAGGUGGGCAACGAAGGGUCCCCGGUUUCCAUGUACGCCUUCAACUUGUACAUUGAAACGGGCACCUUUUCUCCUGAACCCCAAAUAUAUAUGCACCUCUAUCCCGGCGAAGCGAGAUCCUGGACCCAACACUUGGAAUUCAGUGAUCUAGAGAAGGAACCAACUUCCCCACCAUUACCAUUGUCAGAAUUGACGCAAAAUGCUCGGAAUACAGCAGCUUCGUCUUUUUCGUCGCAUCCUCAUUUGGUGUUUUUGGCAUCCAUCCUGAUAAGUGCCUCUGUUACCAUGGCAGCGCAUGCCAUGUGGAGCAAACGACGCAGUACCACUUACAGUGGCACUAUUAGUCUCAGCAGCAAGGGAUACUCGUCAAUACCAGAGGUAUCCUAA